AUGAUUUCUCCGACUCCGGGUUCGAGCUCAGCGCCUCUAAUAGAUUUCAGUCUAUUUGGAGGUGCCGAGUCGUUAUCCGAAGGCCGACCCAGCCCUAAGCAUCCACGUCGAACAGUCACGGUAUCCCCCACUGCGGCAGAUGUUCAAAUUCCCAAAGCACCUCAAGAUCCCUCGGAUUUUCUAUGGUUAAUGACAGAAGAACCACACAGGAGUCGGAGGCAGGCCAUCCUAAAAGCUCAUCCUGAGGUGACAAAACUCAUGGGCUAUGAGCCUCUAACUAAAUACGUUGUAUCUGGUGUUGUGGGACUUCAAAUUGCAACGGCCUACUACCUCAUCCGUGUCCUACGCGCUUCGCCGCUCUCGGUUCCAUUUCUCCUAGCAUCAUACGCGAUCGGAGGAACGGCCAAUCACAACCUGUUCCUUGCUGUUCACGAAAUAACGCAUAACCUUGCGUUUAAAGGUGUCAAAGCCAACAAGCUAUUCGCGAUGUUUGCGAAUCUGCCAAUUGGGAUUCCGUAUGCCAUUACGUUCAAGCAAUACCAUAUUGAACACCACAAACAUCUAGGCGAAGACGGAAUCGACACUGACCUUCCGUCCCGACUCGAAAUGCUUUGCUUGCAAAACGUAGCAGGCAAAGCCUUCUUCUGGUCCGUUCCUGCUCUUUCUCCUUUCGCGCAUAGCCCCAACUCACACUUCACUUGCUCGCACAGUACAUUCCAAAUCCUCUUCUACGCCCUCCGCCCCGGAUUCAUCCGUUCCCAAAAGCCAACGCCAUACCACUUCCUCUCGAUCGUCACUCAACUCGCCUUCGACCUCGUUCUGUACCUCUGGCUCGGCCCUCAUGCUCUCAUAUAUCUCAUUAUGAGCAGUUUCUUUGCAGGAAGUCUUCACCCAUGCGCAGCGCAUUUCAUCGCGGAGCACUACUUGUGGGAUGGGCUCGACCAGGAAACGUACUCUUACUAUGGCCCUUUGAAUAUAUUGGCAUACAAUGUCGGAUACCAUAACGAGCACCACGACUUUCCCUCUGUCCCCUGGACCCGUCUUCCCGCACUGCGUAAACUCGCUCCCGAAUUCUACGACACGAUCCCGAGUCACCCAAGUUGGCCUAUGCUCACAUAUCGAUUCAUAUUCGACCCAGAUGUGGGUCUAUAUUCCCGCGUCAAGCGAGCACCCAAGGAAAGCCAGGCUAGACUUGCUCGCGAGGGCAAAAAUGCAACGGCGGGACAAGGUAAAGAAGAAGAGAGAGGUGUAGGCGUAGACAGGGGCUACGCGAGCGAUGAGGAAGAGUGCGGGAAGAAUAAAAAGGCUUGA